AUGGCAUCAUCCUCUUUGGGCACUGGUCAGAGUACCACCAGUAAAAAUAUAAUACUUUGUUUUGAUGGAACGGAUAAUACUUUCGGCCCCAACCCCUUCAGCAAUGUAUUGAAGCUUUAUCGGAUGCUUGAUGGCUCUGAUUAUGAAAGGCAGAUUUGUUAUUACCAACCAGGCAUCGGUAGUUCGUUGGAGUAUGAUGCACAAGCUGGUUUUGGUGGUUUGGUUACUUGGAAGAAAUUGAAGACGGCUAUUGAUUCUGCUGUUGCCUACAGUUUGGAUCAUCAUAUUAUGACUGCUUACCUGUAUUUAAUGCACCACUACGAACCCGGAGACAAAAUAUUUAUGUUCGGGUUCAGCAGAGGUGCGUUCAUAGCAAGGGUACUAGCUGGAAUGCUGGAAAUGGUUGGACUUCUAAACGUUGGACUAGAUGAAAUGAUAUGGAUGGCUUGGAAAAUAUAUGAAGCCUGGGAAUACGCUGCACAGCCCGUACAACCGAGUUAUGCGACUACUUUGGUGGAUGAAUUUAAGAAAACGUUUUCAAGAAAUAUUGAGAUCGAAAUACAUUUUCAAGGCCUCUUUGAUUCGGUGAAUUCUUGUGGUAUACUUUUAGAUCGGCUCUUUCCCUAUACAGCUAGGAGCGGCAUCGUUCGUCACAUCAGACAUGCGGUUAGCAUUGACGAAAGAAGAGGGAAGUUCAAACAACAGUCGUUUUCCCCUAAUCCUUAUAGACCAAAUUUAUUUUCGUUGAACUAUAGAAAUUAUGUCAUAGAAUAUGAGAAUGUUGCCCCGAAAACAAACUAUCACAGUACCAGUAACCAAUUUAUAAAUCAUACCAUUGGCUCAAGACCUAAUUCAUCACAAUCACAAUCUAGUAAGUCCGUACAAGAACUAAUAUCCCGAAUCAACAAUUUCCUAGAGCUGGAACAUUCCCAAAGAACAGAUAAUUUCGUGAACCAGAGAGUUGAAGGUAUAUUCGAGGUGGACUCUCCCCAUGGUACUUUUGAUAGUAAAAGGACAUCAUCGGAUCUAAUAGAGAAGUGGUUUCCAGGCGAUCACUCAGAUAUUGGUGGGAGUUGGCCACCGGAUAUCACUGAGAAAAAUCAUUUUUUAAGUGAUAUGUCUCUAAGAUGGAUUCUCUCAGAAGCGAUCAAAUCCGGAGUACUUUUUAAAAAAGGAAUCAUCCAUGAAUUUGCUGGCAAAUAUACAUCUGCUGGAAGCUUAUUGUCAGCAUCGCACGAUCUUUUGAGUUUCAAAAAGAGCAAUCUUACUAUGAAAAACCCAUUUCACAAAAAAGAGACUAAUGAAUAUGAUGAAGAUCAAAUUAAUAGAUACCACGGCUUCAAACUGCCAUCAAAGAGAAGUUGGUUACCGUGGCGUCAUAAAACAGAGAACGUUUACUUCAGAACGUUUAACUGGAAAACGGAAUCACCAUCUAGUUGUUCUGAUCUUGAGCAAGGUUUUGAUACUGAUGAACCAGGGAAGGACAUCGGUCGUCAAAAAAAAAAUGAUGGAAGUGGAAAUGUGAGUAUCUUUAGGGUGAUUUUUUGGUGGAUUGCUGAAUUGAUUCCAAUAGGAAUAAGAAUCGAAAACGAAAAGUGUGAAUGGAAAAACGUUUACGUGCCAAAUUUUGGUAGAAGACGGAAUAUACCUGAAUAUGGCGAACUUCAUUGGUCAGUUUACUGGAGGAUAAAGCUUGUCAACGAUUACAAACCGAAGAAUUUGCCAGAUUAUUGCGUAGAUUUAAUUGAGCAGCAUGAAAAGAUAUCCCUUCCAAAGAGGAAGAACGGUGAAACGAAGAAGAAAGUUAUGGUCAGAUCUUCGUUGACUUCAUCUUUGAUAUCAUACCCUGGACUUGAUUCAGAACCAUUGCUGCCUCCUGAUAGUGUCAAUGACGGGUGCAAUUGUCAGAAAAGGGAUAUCAACAAAAUAAGAAAAGAGAUGUGUGAUAUGCUAACCGAAUGGGAUCGAGAAAAUUGGCAGCGAAUUCCAGAUGAUCUUGAAAGCUUGUUAGAAGCUAACCCAGAACUUUAG